AAACCCUGAGGCAGCUUCUUUCUGUUCCCACAUUUUCACGCACAAUUAAGUUUCGAGCCAAAAGCAAGUUCGUUGCUCAAGUCUUUUGUUUGGCAGCUUUUAAUGGAGCGAUUUGAGGUCGAAAAAAUAUGUGAUAGAGCUAAUUUUCACAAAUUUUCAUUCCUAUCGGACUGUGCGAUCUAAGUAGAUCUCUUUUAAAAGUGAACCUGAGAUGAAAAACCCAAGUCAGUUGUCUUCUGCAAUUCGUGAAAUGUUGAACAUAUUUGUGUGGUUAUCACUUUCGUUGAUUAGUCUGUCCUGGGCCCAAGGAUCGCGUUAUUUACCACCAACGAAUCCGGCCAUGGAACCCAUCAUAACCAAGCAGUUUUACAGCAUAUCACCCGCCGAAGAUCCUGAGGAUCUGGAGCCAAGGACUAAACAUUUGCUGAUUGGACAGCCACGGAGAAAUUACCGAGUGAUUUUCAUCCGCGCUCCAACGGGAAACAGCGAGCAUGUGAAAUAUACGGCGGAGUUGGCGCCUCAGGAGGAGCGAACUGUCAUCUAUGUGCUGACCCGGAAGCAACAGGAACUGGAGGCCGCCGAUAUUGUGGCACCGCAGCAGAAGUCUCAAGUCGAACAGAAGCCGGAUGUAUUCUUCAUCAAGUACAAAACCAACGAUGAGGCAGCGGCUGCCCAAAGGGAAAUCCAAACGCAAUACGAUCAACUUGGUGGGAAUACGGAAAUCGCAGCGCCCUAUGUGGCGCCCAUUAAGUCGGUGAUUGGAGCACUCAGUAGCCCCCAAUAUCCAGCAGCUCCAUAUCCAAUUCAAAGACAAUCCCCUGGCUAUCACUACGAUAGGCCCGUCUCCACAAUCUUGGCGCCAGUGGAACGAACUAACUGA